UUGUCAAAAGGCAGACGCGGAGCCCCAGGCGCCGGGACCGCGGAGCAGCGUGCCCACCCGCCGGACCAGAGUCCUUUUGGCUGGAAGUGUCUGUGAGACCUCACAGAAGGGCACUCCUGGGCUCGACUUCCCUGCCCCCCCAGCUCCUUCAGGGAUGGAGGCGAUGGCAGCCAGCACUUCCUUACCUGACCCCGGCGACUUUGACCGGAACGUGCCCCGCAUCUGCGGGGUGUGCGGAGACCGAGCCACCGGCUUCCAUUUCAACGCUAUGACCUGCGAAGGCUGCAAAGGCUUCUUCAGGCGGAGCAUGAAACGGAAGGCGCUGUUCACCUGUCCCUUCAAUGGAGACUGCCGCAUCACCAAGGACAACCGCCGCCACUGCCAGGCCUGCCGGCUCAAGCGCUGUGUGGACAUCGGCAUGAUGAAAGAGUUCAUCCUGACGGAUGAGGAGGUGCAGCGGAAGCGGGAGAUGAUCCUCAAGCGGAAGGAGGAGGAGGCCUUGAAGGACAGCCUGCGGCCCAAGCUGUCCGAGGAGCAGCAGCGCAUCAUCACUGUCCUGCUGGACGCCCACCACAAGACCUACGACCCCACCUACACCGACUUCAUCCACUUCCGGCCUCCAGUUCGUAUGGGUGAGGGUGCAGGGAACCAUCCUUUGAGGUCUUCCUGCAUACACAUGCCCAGCUUCUUUGGAAACUCGUCCUCCUCCUGCUCAGAUCACUACACUUUCUCUCCAGAGAUGAUGGAGCCAGCCAGCUUCUCCAACCUGGAUCUGAAUGAAGAUGACUCCAAUGACCCUUCCAUGACCCUGGACCUAUCCCAGCUCUCCAUGCUGCCCCACUUGGCUGAUCUGGUCAGUUACAGCAUCCAAAAGGUCAUUGGCUUUGCCAAGAUGAUCCCAGGGUUCAGAGACCUCACCCCCGAGGACCAGAUCGUGCUGCUGAAGUCAAGUGCCAUUGAGGUCAUCAUGCUGCGCUCCAACCAGUCCUUCACCAUGGACGACAUGACCUGGACCUGCGGCAGCCAAGACUACAAGUACCACGUCAGUGACGUGACAAGGGCUGGACACAGCCUGGAGCUGAUCGAGCCCCUCAUCAAGUUCCAGGUGGGGCUGAAGAAGCUGAACUUGCACGAGGAGGAGCACGUCCUGCUCAUGGCCAUCUGCAUUGUCUCCCCAGACCGUCCCGGGGUGCAGGAUGCUGCACUGGUCGAGGCCAUCCAGGACCGCCUAUCGAAUACGCUGCAGACCUACAUCCGCUGCCGCCACCCGCCCCCGGGCAGCCACCUGCUCUAUGCCAAGAUGAUCCAGAAGCUAGCUGACCUGCGCAGCCUGAACGAGGAGCACUCCAAGCAGUACCGCUGCCUCUCCUUCCAGCCUGAGUCCAGCAUGAAGCUCACGCCCCUUGUGCUCGAGGUGUUCGGGAACGAGAUCUCUUGACUAGGGUAGCCCGCAGUGACGCCUGGGUGGGGCUGCCUCUCCAGUGCUGCGUGCCCAGGCCUGGGCCAGCAGCCCCUCCCACCCCUUCUGGAGCUCAGCCCCUCCUCUCCAGACUCCCCUCCCCGCCCGGCCCAUCCUCUCUCCUGCCCGACCUAACACCAGGUCCCCCGUACCUGCAGGCCACAGGCUGCUCCCAGUCCCUUGAGACCUCAGUCCUGAUGAGUUGCUGUUUAUUUGACAAAGAAACUCAAGUGGGAGCAGAGGGCAGAGGCUGAAGGCGGGUCCUUGCCCAGGGAUGCCCCCACCACUCCAGAAGUGGCCGCUGGCUGGUGCUGAGGGAACAGGCAGGCAGGAGAAACAUACCCAUUCCUCAGGGACAGAGAUACCUGUACCUCCCCUCUGCUCCAGGCCCACAUGUCUGGAACCUGGUGGGCUCGCCCUUCCUCCACCCCACCCACGUUGAAUACUGACCCGCAACCCCUAUCUGACUCUGCUGCCGGUCCGUGCUGCUCUGUCCUGGGUCAGUGUGCCACGAUGGGGCGGGCCUUCUCGCUCUGCCUCCCUGCCCUGGCCUGUCUAGGACUGUCACUGCCAAGGGUGACCAAAACCAAGGUGACUCAGGUCACAACUCCCCCUCAUCCACCUCUGCUGGCCAAAAGGCACUUGGUGCCCAUCUUCAUCCCAUCACCAUGGUAACAUUCUCCCCGGAAGUAGCUAUGGUAAGAUGGGCUUUCUCCCCAUGGCUGGGGCCACUGGCCAGAACCCAGCCAUUGAGAAGCUGAGGGGGGAAGAAGUCAAGGCCCAGGCAGUAGGGGGACAGGAAAACCCAGAGCUUCACAGCAGAGUAGCAGAUGGAGGCCACACCUGACCUGUCACCAAGCCUGUGGCUCCUCAGCCUGGAUUAAAGGGGUUGACCGACCUCCAAUCAUCCAUGUAGCACGAUUGAAUGGCCCCCAGGUUUCAGAGAAUCCCAGGCACCAUCCUCAUCCUCACCCUGCCAGUGCCUUACCUCCAACCCCUAAGAGGGAACCAGCUGCAGGCUCCAGAGCCCGUGUCCUUGUGCAGAGGCUGUGGGCACUGGAGAGGCCUCACCCUGGGAUGGCCAUGGAUGGUGACCCAGAGAUCAGCCCCCUGUCCCACCCCCCACCCCCCACAACUGUCUGGAAAAGCAGUGUUGCUCUGCUUACCAGCAGGGGCCUCAUCUUUCCCAUCGGGUAGGGUGGGAUGGGGGAGAGGAAUUUCCAGACUCCAGCAGCCCAAGCCACGCCCUCCCUGCUCACCUCAGUCUGCUUCCAAGACUGCUGUCCCCCGAGGGAAGCAGGAGCCAGUGCCCCAGCACCUUGGGAGUGAGUGGAGGGAGUGGGUUGGCCUGGUGACUAGUCAGCGAGACGACAGAAAGGGCCUGGGAGGCAGAGCAGGGUGGGAGCACAGAGCUUCAAACUCCAUAUUCUCCCUGUAUCCAGAGCAUCUCAGGAGGUGGAGACUCAUGGCCCAUUUACCCAGCUGGGGUUCCUUGGAGGGGUGAGUUGCAGGCAUGUGGGAGCAGAGGAGAGCUGGUUCUUCCAGGAGUCACAGAGGGUCCUUCAGAUUGUGACUAGAGUCAGGGGAGCACGGCCACAUGUGCUGUCUCAGCAGGGAGGAGCUGAUGUCAGUAGGCACCCCUCCACCUGCACCUGCUGUUCUCUGAAAACCCGGCAGCAAACCGACUUACCCCUGCAGCCAGUGUCUGCCUGGCCAGUGUUUCUUCUGGGGACAGACACUGACAGCUGCGUUCCCUGUGGCAGAACACCGUCCUCAGACUCCGGCUUACGUCUCUUACACAGGAGUCGUCUUCAGAAUCAGACUCUGUUUGGUACCACAUUCUAACAUAGCGGGUAAUAAGCACCACUGAUUAAGAGAUAUUUAUGGGAGGGGGAACUUCCAUGGUGAAAUUCUACACAUUAAUUGUAGUUGUUUUGCAAAUGAGGGAGAGUCCUUUGUGACUUGACUGGCUGCAGAACAUGCUGGUCCAGCUGCUAGUCAGCAGAAGAAAAGGCUUGAAAAUUGCUAGCCUAGUUCAACUCCCUCAUUAAAGAAAACUGAUGCUGAGAGGAGGGUGUGACCCCCCCCCAAGCUCGUGUAAUGAGUCAGAAGCAGCACCAGGACUGGGCUGGACUUCGGACCUACAGUCCAGUGUUCUUUUCACUACACCAUGCUUGAGCUCAGACCCCACGUCCCGUUCCCCUGGGGGCUGACCUCGUCCCUUGGGGGAAACCCUGGGUGUUAGACAGAGCAGGUCUAGAUCCCAGACCCCUGCCUUGCUUCCCUGAGUUGUCACACCACUGACCCAUCAGGAGGAGGAGAAAGGACACCUCAGCCCGUGUCUCAAUGUGAAUUAGACCCCCACCCCGAUGUGGCCCUGGCUGGACGGGCUCUCUGCCUCAGCCCUGUAUAAUGCUGUUGCCUUACCAAUAAAGUGCAUCUGUCUUUGUAACGUC